AACCUUACACAAAAAUUCAAACUCCUUCUCAAACGACCCCACACACACCGAUUUUACCUUACGCGCCACGAUCCGUCCGAGAGAGAAGAAACCAUUUUACCUGAAAGAUGGAGCCGCCGCCUAAGGCAGAUAUCGAAGUGAAGAUAGAUCCGAAAGCUGCGGAUCAUGGACCGAAUAAGAAGGGAGGCGACGAGAUUGAGAUCGAGACGAAAGGGAGCGAUCAAACAGCGGCGAAACCGCUCGUUCGAACCGCGUCUGGAUCGAAGAAAAACGUCCACUGGAGCCCCGAAUUGGUUUCCGGGUCUCAGGAACCGAAUCAGUCGUCGUACACUGCCGGAUCUAACCCGUACAUUGCUCGUUCUCCACCAGAGACCACCGAUGCUUCGUUGAAAGAUACGAUGGAGUCUGUGAAAGGAGCGCUUGGGAGAUGGGGAAGGAGAGUUGCUGAAGCCGCCAAGAAGACGGAGAGCCUUGCCGGGAACACGUGGCAGCAUCUGAGAACUGCUCCGAGUUUUGCUGAUGCUGCAAUGGGAAGAAUUGCACAGAGUACUAAGGUUCUUGCAGAAGGAGGGUACGAGAAGAUUUUCAGACAAACCUUUGAGACCGAUCCAGAUGAGCAGCUGUUGAACUCUUUUGCAUGUUACUUGUCCACCUCAGCUGGUCCAGUUAUGGGAGUUCUCUAUGUGUCCACUGCUAAGCUUUCUUACUCUAGUGACAACCCUUUAUCUUACAAAAAUAAUGGUCAAACCGAAUGGAGCUACUACAAGGUACUGAUUCCAUUACAUCAACUUAAAGCAGUGAAUCCAUCAGCAAACAUCGUGAAUCCUGCAGAAAAGUACAUACAGGUGAUUUCGGUAGACAAUCACGAGUUCUGGUUCAUGGGUUUCUUGAACUACGAAGGCGCUGUCACCUCUCUGCAAGAAUCUUUGCAAGACAGUGGUUUAGGGCCAGUGUGAUUGAUACACACACACACUUGGUGGAUUCUUUGAUGACCAUUUUAAGCCUAUUGAUGAUUGAGAUACUCUCUCUCUUUUUUUUCUUUUUCUUUUGCUUAGUUAUUUUGAUUACAGAAGACUCAAUUGACAUUAUUUGCAUAAAUAUAAUUCUCUAAAAAACUUUUUGCUA